UUGUAAAAUCACCGAGCUCACCGUCCAGUGUAGUGCGGCGCAGGAGGCAAGCGCCAAGCCGCCAACCGAUGCCCCUCCACUCCACCAACCGCGGCGCGUGAUUCGGUGAGGAGAUGGGAAUUGGCAUCGUCUGCUCGUGUCAUCUGCUCCGCCCCACCCGCCGGGCGAUGGACACCCCACCCAUCCAUCUGCGCACCAGGAAAGGAUAGAUAGGUAGAGAAGAUCGAUCGGCUCAUCGGCAGAUGCUGUCCUUGGUGCGGCGGCCGCUCUCCGCGGCCGUGCCCGCCGGCGACCUCCUCGGCAUCCACCUCUUCCAGUGCCCCGACACCGUGGGCAUCGUCGCCAAGCUGUCCGAGUGCAUCGCCUCCCGCGGCGGCAACAUCCACAGCGUCGACGUCUUCGUCCCCGACGACAAGCGCGUCUUCUACUCCCGCAGUGAAUUCACGUACAACCCAAGGCUCUGGCCGCGUGACGAGCUGCGCAAGGAUUUCCUCAACCUGUCACACUGCUUCAGUGCGGAGAGGUCGACCGUACGAGUGCCUGAUCUUGACCCCAAAUACAAGAUCGCUGUCCUCGCUUCAAAGCAGGACCAUUGUUUGUUUGAUUUAUUGUAUAGAUGGCAAGAAGGCAGGCUUCCAGUUGACAUUAAUUGUGUCAUAAGCAACCAUGAUAGGCCAAAAGAUAAUCAUGUGCGAAGAUUUCUUGAGAGGCAUGGAAUUUCAUAUCACUACUUACCGACCACAUCUGGGAACAAACGAGAGCAAGAGAUUCUAGAAUUGAUCGAAGGCACAGAUUUUGUUGUGCUGGCAAGAUAUAUGCAGAUACUGUCAGAAAGCUUUUUAAAAUCAUAUGGUAAAGAUAUUAUUAACAUUCAUCAUGGUCUUCUUCCCUCAUUUAAGGGAGGCCAUCCUUCCAGACAGGCCUUCAAUGCUGGGGUAAAGUUGAUCGGUGCAACUAGCCAUUUUGUCACUACCGAACUUGAUGCUGGGCCAAUCAUUGAGCAGAUGGUAUUCAUACUUUUCACAUAACAUUUGGCCUAAGUAUUGAAUUGAUAGAUCACAUCAUCAAUUGAAAUUGGUUGUCAAUGUUAAUACAUAAUUGUCUUUGGAAAACAGUUGGCUGUUCAAAUUCCCUUUAUUUUAGUGUAACUGUAACCACCUAAGGACAGUGUAACUGUAACCACCUAAGGACUUAAUUAGCAUUGGCCUUCAUUGAACCCUGCUAUCAUGCCUGACCACUUUCACAUCAGAAUCGUGCACCAUUUAUGGUGUUUUGAAGAUUCACACGUGUAAAAAUAUAGUAAAGAAAUUUCUUUUUAAUCUUGGCAAUUUCUAGAGGGCAGUUGAAAUUUAGUCUUUCUGUCUUUGU